UAUAUAACAUUACUGUGCUGUAAUAAAUAGCGCAUACAGUAAAUUGAUAUAAAACUUACCGGUGCUUAAGGCCGGAAUGUCAAUGCACCUAAAAAGUAUACAAAUGACGCUUGUAGGUUUAGCUGCACGAAAGCUUUCAAAUAAGAAGCGCAAUGCUAAAUUAGCUGCUGCUUUCCCAAAUGGUGUACGUUGUCAGAAAUGCUUACAGCUGGGCCAUUGGUCGUACGAAUGUAAAGAAAAACGCAAAUAUGUCCACCGUACUUCACGCACUAAACAACUCAAAAAACGCUUAGCCGAGAAAGAGGUUGCAGAAGGCAAUGGAACAGUAAGCACAACCACUAAGGAAACUACAAAGUCAUCAAAGGUAAAGCGUGCAAAACGAUCCCGAACCUCCUCCGGAUCUUCAAUGGAAGAUGCUUCGAAAGGAACGAAUUCAGACACGCAAUCCUCAUCUGACUCAAAUGAUAGUGGCUCUUCGGAUUCGGAUUCAUCGAGUGAAAGCAGCUCUUCAGAUUCAGAUAGCGGCAGCGAUAGCAGUGAUGAUGACUCCAACAAUAAUUCAGAUGAUUCGGGUACAAGUGAUUCGAGUGAUUCAAGCGAUUCAUCUAGCUCUGAUGAGCAGUCACCAAAAAAUAAAAAAAGCCGACAAACCUCCAGUUCUUCUAGUGAAGACGAUAUUUGAUUAACAAUUCGAGAGAAAUAACAGUUAAAGCUUUAGUCUAGAUGUAAUGUUUAUGUAUAUAUAAAUGUGACUUGGAUAUUUUUACAGGAAUUAAUGACGUUGAAUAGCCAAAGGCAUUUCAUACACUUGCAUGUGUGGAUGCAAUACAUUUAUGCCGUUCUUUUGUUAUUAAUUCUAAUUCACAUUAGUUAGAUAUGAACAAUUUGAUUUAGUUUCGUUGAUUAUUUUUCGAAUAAAACCAAAAUAAAUAAAUCAGCAAAUCAAUUUUUGUCUGCUGGUUUUCAUUUAUUAACUAUUAAAAAUCAUUUAAAUAUAUUAGAGUUCUAAUGGAAAAUAUAAAUACAUUGGCUUAAAAGGAUUCUAUCCAAGUUAAAUGCUUGCAUAUAUAAUUUAUACAUAUGACACCUAUGAAAUACAUUAUUUACGUAUAAUUAAGUUAUAGAUGAAAUAAACUUAAACAAAUUGAUGUUCAUGGAAUUGAUUUUGAU